AUGGCUGAUGGUGAGGAUAUUCAACCCCUUGUCUGCGACAAUGGAACUGGAAUGGUUAAGGCUGGUUUUGCUGGGGAUGAUGCACCGAGGGCUGUGUUUCCAAGUAUUGUGGGUCGUCCUCGUCACACGGGAGUGAUGGUUGGAAUGGGGCAGAAGGAUGCGUAUGUUGGCGAUGAAGCUCAAUCCAAGCGUGGUAUUCUAACUCUCAAGUACCCGAUUGAGCAUGGUAUUGUCAACAAUUGGGAUGAUAUGGAGAAAAUCUGGCAUCAUACUUUCUACAAUGAGCUCCGUGUUGCUCCCGAGGAGCAUCCGAUUCUACUCACUGAAGCACCUCUUAACCCAAAAGCUAACCGUGAGAAGAUGACUCAAAUCAUGUUUGAAACUUUCAAUGCUCCUGCCAUGUAUGUCGCCAUUCAAGCUGUCCUGUCUCUUUACGCCAGUGGUCGUACUACUGGUAUUGUGCUUGACUCUGGAGAUGGUGUGAGCCACACGGUCCCUAUCUAUGAGGGUUAUGCUCUUCCACAUGCCAUUCUACGUCUUGAUCUUGCAGGUCGUGACCUUACAGAUGCUAUGAUGAAGAUCCUCACGGAGCGUGGUUACUCUUUCACCACAACAGCUGAGCGUGAAAUUGUCAGAGACAUAAAGGAGAAGCUUUGCUACAUUGCUCUUGACUACGAGCAGGAGCUUGAGACAGCUAAAACUAGCUCUGCUGUGGAGAAGAACUAUGAGUUACCUGACGGACAAGUGAUCACCAUUGGAUCUGAGAGGUUCCGUUGCCCAGAGGUUCUUUACCAGCCAUCGAUGAUCGGUAUGGAGAAUGCCGGUAUCCAUGAAACCACCUACAACUCCAUAAUGAAAUGUGAUGUUGACAUUAGAAAGGACUUGUACGGUAACAUUGUGCUCAGUGGUGGAACAACCAUGUUCCCUGGAAUUGCUGACAGAAUGAGCAAAGAGAUCACUGCUUUGGCACCGAGCAGCAUGAAGAUCAAAGUCGUUGCACCUCCCGAGAGGAAAUACUCAGUCUGGAUUGGAGGAUCCAUCUUGGCCUCUCUCAGUACCUUCCAGCAGAUGUGGAUCGCGAAAGCGGAAUAUGAUGAGUCAGGCCCGUCAAUUGUUCACCGGAAAUGCUUUUGA